GUGAGACGAGCGGUCAGGAUUAGUAUACCCUGUUAAAACACCAAGCCUGUUUUUUUACACAACUGGUCAUCGCCGGACAUACACACACACACGUACACGCCGUGCCGUAUCGGAUCGUACUAAUGCAGUUGUUUUGAUAUAUUCGUCGCGAUUUUGAGGCCGUCCGCUUAUCAUACCUGCUCCAGCCCAGGUGGGACGAUGGGAACCACCAAGACCUACAUCAGCAUCGGCUAUGCGUCGUUCGGUAUGCUCAUGGGCUUCUCCGCCUUGGUGGUGUGGAACUUCGCCUUCAAACAGCCGUGGACUGCUGCGAUGGGAGGACUGUCAGGUGUGCUGGCGCUCUGGACCCUCAUCACCCACAUCAUGUAUCUGCAGGACUACUGGAGGACCUGGCUAAAGGGUCUCAAAUUCUUCCUCUUAAUUGGGUUCUUCUUCUCUCUGCUGUCUGUGAUAGCUUUUAUCACCUUCCUUUCCAUUGCCAUCACCAGCAAAGAGUCCCUGACUGACCCCCACAGCCUGUUCCUCUCCAGCGUGUGGAGCUUCAUGAGCCUGAAGUGGUCCUGCCUGCUGGCCCUGUCCUCCCACCGCUACCGCAAAGAGUUUGCUGACAUCAGUAUCCUCAGUGACUUCUAACGUCUCUCAGAAUAUAUACCACUGUGACACAAGGCAUCGGUCGGCGGCAGACUCACCUUGCAGGUUUCCUAAUCUGGGGAUGUAAAUGUAAAUGGUAGGAGGGAUAAUGGCAGUCUCAAUCUCGUGGAUAUGAGUGGGAAAAGGGCAAUAAACAAUUAUAAGGGGGUGGGAAGUUGAAAAUGCUUUGUGUCUUCGAUUAGUAUCCUGUUCCCUUGUACCCCCCACACACACACCUGUUGUCUUUUUAACAUGUGUUUUGCAGGAUUUUUCCGUGGCUUGUCAGUGCAAUUUAUGAUUCCAGCCAUGUUUUUAUGACCUUUUAUGGAGUUUAUUCUCUUAUAAGUGUAACUCUUUGUGGUACGUGUUCUUCCGACGCUGUGUGUAGUCGGUGAUCCCAUGUAAAAGAAAACUGAACAUUCAUUACACUAUCCAAGGCUGAGGAAUAGCAAAGUUAGAAACGAACUCUUCAGUGGUUCGUUUUUUUUGGUUCAUGCUCUGACCAGAAGAGGGCGUCACACCAUCAUCGAUAGCAAGAAUAAGCACCAUGUCCCACUUGCUUUGAAAGGAGUGUGUCUUUGAUUGUAUUAUUGAAUAAGCCUUAUAAGUACAUUUGAUUAGCCCAUGUGCUAUAUCUCGCAAAUUAUUAUGAAGGAACAAGAGCCUUUGGCGUCACACGUUGUGUGUGUCUGUUGGUACAAUUUGUGCACGUCACAAAGGACUCUAGGUGAUGACAAAUCCACUGCAAUGACUUGACUGUUUGGAUAAAGAUUUCAAGACACUACUUUCACAGAAUCCUCAAUAUUAAGUGUAUCAGGGCCACAGGGAGGAAAGUCACGCAAGUUUCUGUCUGUUUCUGUGACUGCUUUUCUUUUUUUUUAUAGGCAGCUUCAAAUGAAACCCACAUGCUGCUGUUGGACAUUUUUUUGUCUUGCAUUGGGCAUACAGAUAAGGGAUGAUUAUUGUAGCUGCCUUUUUUUUUUUUUUUUUUUUUUAGCAAGUCAACAAUAGAGACUGGGCCCUGUUUCACUGUAAAGAUGCUCGUUGCGGCCUCAACUCAUAACAGCACCCCCCACCGCCCCGCAGUGAUGUCCAUCUUUAAGUUGUCAUGGCCUUUUUAGUAUUUUGCUCUGAUCGAAAUCUUUAAUGACGACUAUGUUGUUUCCUAAGGAGUUUUUUUUUUAACGUUUGUUUUCUUUCUUUCAAGUGUUGAUCCCUGUGCACUACCACAUCUACCAUGUUGUAUAAUGAAAUAUGAGAUUAUUUGUAUCUACAGCGCUUGGGUGAAUAUAGGAAUGAAUGUUUGUAUAGGUAUGCGUGUCCGGGAGCUGCGUUAAUAAAGUAUCUUUUAUGACA